AUGCCCUGGCGGCCUCUGCCUCGCAUUGCUUUUGCCGUGGCCAUCUAUCCCUUCCAGCCUUCUACUCCGGCAGAUUUACCCCUCGAGCUCGGCGAUGAAUUGUACAUAAUUGAGCAAGGAGGCGCUGAUGGAGAAUGGUGUCGCGGCUAUCUGGUCGCUCCGCCGUCGCUGCUGGCGGGACUGACCAGCACCAAGGGACAAACACUAGAGGCGAGGGUCUUUUCAGGCAUCUUUCCACGGAACUGUGUCGAGAUUCGCGAGGUCUUGGGCGACGGGGAGAGGACUAUAACCAAUGGAGACCGGUCGAGCAUGGUCUUAACGCCUGGUACUGAGGGAGAUGUGCGAGACAGCAUCACUUCCUACCACGACGAUGAGGGCCCGCUUGGGGAAGUUUCCGAUGUGGUGAUUGCGAAGAAAGGCAAGCCGUCGCAGAUCUUCAUCCACAAACUCGACGAUGACGAUCAGUCGAGUCCACGCUCACUUGUGAGCCAUAUCCUCGGCGCAGUCUCGGUGCCUUCGACACCUGUCAUUGUGGCUCCGCGAGACCCGAACGCACCCAAACCGGCCGCACCAGUGCCGAUGCUCAAAAUCGGGGAUGAAACGCCCACGUCGCUUUCGGAACCGCUCGUCGAUGAGAUCGCAUCCUGCCUGCGCGAAUGGCAUUCGACCAAUCUACACCAAUUGCUACUGUCCCGCCAGUACGAAACCGUGGAGGAAAUGUCGAAAAUCGUACAAGAACUCGACCUCGCAAGGCGACAACUUCAAUACAAUGUGCUCACGGCCAAGGAGAAGGUUCAGUUGCGACAGGAGGUAGUGUGGAAGCUGGUUCAGGGUAAUAAAACGUUGGGCGGAGAAGUCAUUGUCAGAGAUCCCCUGCAAAGGGGUCGUUUGCUCACGGGUGACGAUUCUGCGGUGCAAUUGACCAAGUUACAAUCCGAAAUGAGUAUGCUCGAUAGUACUCCCGCACAUCAGUCAGACGCGGCUUCUCUGCAUCAUCUGCUGUUGGAAGUGAAUGCUGUGUCUGGCCAUGCGCCUGGGCCCGUGACACUGGCACUUUAUUUGUGUUCACAGUCGGAGACUGGCGCUCUGACUCCACUGUCAGAGACCUACCUCCUCGACAUUCCUUCCCCCGACAAAUUCGCAAAUUUGGGCCAGAGUAGCAAACUCAAGACUCUCUUUACCAACAUGAGCAACACGGAUUUUGGCGAUGAUACUUCAAACGGUCCAAAGCUGUAUUUGAUCGUGGCCGUUCGAGCAUCGGAAACCGCCUCUGUGGCCAGCGCCGCAGCUCAAUCAAGAUCUUCACUCUCGCGCGACGGCUCCACGAUCAGCAGAACCCCCACUGUAGCCAACCACGCGGCGAAGAACAGUCUGAAAUCCCGUCGCAGUAUGAUGUGGACAUCAAAGCGCGGCGCGACAAGCACCGAAGUGCUAAAAGAAGCUAGCAAAGGACCCCCUCGGUCUUCGGAGAGUGUCUCAAGCAAUAAGGAACGGGCCAGUGGUGGCCAACCUACAAAAGAGCCAACCCAUAUUCGGACAUUAGGGAUCGGCUUCCUGGAAGUCUCCCAAACCUUACGCUCGGAAAAAGAUGCAGAGGAAGUGAUCAACAUUUGGUCUCCAUCUGGCGAUAGCGAUGAGAAGGAAGGACGCGCCGACAAUUUCGACAGCGUCGUUCGCACCCUACUCCCAAGUUCGACUGGCAAGUAUGUUCGAUCUCAGCCAGCUGCUCGGCUCCAUCUUCAUCUUUCUCCGCACACCAAUCCCGACGCAGAUGCCUUGGUCCGAAAGAAUCCUACGACCAUGCUGAACGUCACCCAAACCCGACGCAUCGGCUUUUCUCAAGCCCCGACUAAACCCAGAUCUGAUAUAUACGUCACUAUCUCUCACGCCACUUUCCCUGAUGAUGCCCUUCUCUCCCAUCCCCAGUCAGGCCAAGUCCCUGUACCGACGCUCACUGGCCUUCGUAAUCUGCAACUGACUCUUGAGGUCCGGACCUCGUCAGGAGCACGCGUUGACCGCUGCGUUUUUCCUGCAUCUAACCAGCCUUCACAGACCGCAUGGCGGACCACGGUAGCUGAACGAGGCGCGCCGUGGAAUCAGACAAUUCGGCUUAACAUCCCGACAGACCAGAUCCCAGGAUCGCAUCUAAUAAUGAGUAUCGCAGAUGCCCCGGAAUUCCCCUUUGCUCUGGCCUGGAUGCCUUUGUGGGACAACAAGGCUUUCAUGCGAGAUGGCCCUCAUUCACUUCUGCUGCAUGCUUACGACAAGUGUACCUCGAGUAUUGAAAACGGGAAGGGCGCUUAUUUGUCUCUCCCGUGGAGCUCACUUGGUAAGAAUGAGUCAGCAAAGGACGAAGCUAUCACAGGACCCUUGGCUACAUUGCGCCUGGACACGCACUUGUGCAGCACCGAAUACUCCCAGGACCAAGUGAUACUCAGUCUUUUAAACUGGAAAGAGCGACCUGUCGAUGAAGUUCUGGACACUCUGAAGCGGGUACUCUUCGUGCCAGAAAUUGAAAUCGUGAAGCAACUCAGCAGUGUCUUGGAUUCUUUAUUUGGGAUAUUGGUUGAGAACGCUGGAAAUGAAGAGUAUGAGGACUUGAUCUUCAACAACUUGGUGACGGUUCUGGGCAUCGUGCAUGACCGACGGUUCAACCUUGGCCCGCUCGUUGACCACUAUGCUGAAAAUCAAUUUAACUUCCCUUUUGCCACGCCGUGUCUUGUCAGAAGCUAUUCGCGCCUUCUUCUGGCCAACUCUGAUCCACAACAGUCGCGCAAUUUGCGCGCCAUGUUCAAGGUGGGCCGACAUGUUCUGAAGUUCAUCAUCAAUGCCCGACAACAGCAGAAGGCCAAGGAAGAAGGCAUUGGAAUUACCCGAGUUCAGUCAACCUUCAAUCGCGACUUGCAUACCAUUUUCAAAUCACUUGAAGCUCUUAUGAAGGACACGUCACCCGCGACGGUAGGCAGCAAAACGCUCGUGGUCCAGCAUUUUCACACAUGGUUGCCUGAACUAUCUAAAGUCCUCGGACGAGAUGAGACGAUCAUGAUUGCGCUCAGUUUCAUGGAUGCCUGUAAAGAUGUCAAAGGGAUGCUGAUCCUGUACAAGCUCGUUCUCAUUCAACAUUACACCCGCCUCGAGAUUUUCAGCUCCGGCUCGGAGAGACGGAGCCUGAUCUCCAGCUGCAUCAGCUGGUUGGCUCCGUACUGGGGUGCGACAGGGGCUGUAUCUGACCUGUAUCGCGACCAAGUACGCUUGUGCUGCGCGGUGGUCGCGGAGUUGUUGAAGCAGCCUGAUUCUCUUAUUUAUGAGUUCAUGCCAAAGAUCGUUUCAUCAUACUAUUCUAUUAUACCCGAUGGGGUGGAAGAAACCAGCUACCUCUCCUUACUUUUCAGCAAAACGUUCCCGUUCCAAGUCAAGUCCUCGAAACACUCGCAGCGGUUCGAUGAGGCCUUGGUUGAACUUUCUGCGAUCAUGGCCGCUACGGCAGCGGUGCCCAACCCCAAACGGCCCCGGUUGAAGGGCUUAGAGCUGUCUGCUUUCCUCUCCCAGGCGUUCGAGGUUCAUACCUCGAUACUGAACUGUGAGGCUUACCCUGAAAGCUGGCUAAGCGUGCACGUUUACAACCACCGCGCGACAGUCAAGAGUCUCGAAUUCCUUGCAGGAAUCCUCAUCAAGAAAUUUCUUCCAGCUCCGGAAGAGGCUGAGACUUUCGACACAAGACUCUGGGAGAAUUUCUUCAUGACUCUGCUCAAGGUCGUUUCGAGCGAGGCGCUCGCUCUCGAGACCUAUCCAGAGCAGAAGCGACGUGCCAUCUGGAAAAUUGCCGGCGAUGUUCGAGAACAAGGCGCGGAUCUACUACAUUCCAGCUGGGAAGCCAUCGGAUGGGAGACUACCGACGAGGAGAGUGAGCGCUACGGUUUGAGUAAGCUGGGCGGCUACCAAGUGCAAUAUGUCCCCGGACUGGUGGCACCCAUUAUCGAACUUUGUCUCAGUGUGCAUGAGGGGUUGCGACAUGUUGCUGUCGAAAUCUUGCGGACGAUGAUUCUGAGCGAAUGGGGGCUUAACCAGGAUUUGUCCAUCAUCGAGACGGAGGUCAUUUCCAGCCUUGAUAACCUAUUCAAACGGAAGAAUAUGAGUGGAAGCGUGGUGCAAAAGUUGUUCAUCCAAGAAUUGAUGGAUCAUUUUGAGGGCUACUCUGUGUUCGAUGAGGAUCUCUCCGAAGCAGUCGGUGCUUUGAUUGCUACGGUGGAUGAGCUUCUGGAUCUCUUUGUAGCCUCACAAGGUGGAUCGAUGGCCGAGAGUCUGCAUACUCUUCGAUUGAUGAAGUAUAUGAAAGACAUGGGCCGAGAGGAUAUCUUCAUACGCUACGUGCACGAACUGGCUCAAGUUCAAGCUGCCGCAGGCAACCUCACUGAAGCUGGCCUGGCGCUUCAAUUCCAUGCCGACUUAUAUGACUGGGAUCCAAGACGGACACUGCCGGAGCUGCUCAAUCCUGCUUUUCCUGAGCAAACAUCAUUCGAAAGAAAGGAGUCGCUGUACUUCUCGAUUAUUCAGUACUUCGAGGACGCCAAAGCUUGGUCGCACGCGCUGGUGUGUUACAAGGAGCUCACGCAGCAGUACGAAGACACGACUAUGGAUUUUGCCAAGCUUUCAAGGGCCCAGAGCUCCAUGGCCAAAAUCUACGACCACAUUGCGAAGCAAGACAAGCAGAUCCCGCGAUAUUUCCGUGUGUUGUACAAAGGACUCGGCUUCCCACCUACUCUCCGUGACAAGGAAUUCAUCGUCGAAGGUGCUCCGAACGAACGGAUGGCGUUCUUUGUGGACCGUAUGCAGAAGGAGCAUCCAGCGGCGCAGAUUAUGUCGUCGGGUGAGAUUCGAGACUACGAGGGCCAAUUCCUGCAAAUCAGCUCUGUCAGCAUCUACCGGGAUGUGGAUCAUCCAGUCUACCAGCGGUCCAAGGUUCCGCAGUCAGUCAGAGAUCAUUUGCUGGUUUCUGAGCCUUGCCAGUUCACAACAACGCUGAGGAGACAUGUGCGCGACACGGAUGUGACGCAACAGUGGGUGGAGAAGCUCAUUUACACUACCGCAGAACCCUUCCCCAACAUUUUGCGUCGCAGCGAAGUGGUGGAGGUGAAAGAAGUCUCGCUGUCGCCGUUGCAGAGCGCUCUGGAACGGACUUGGCGCAAGACUCAGGAGCUGACGUUGCUACAGCGGCGGGCUGCAUCUGGUGAGGACACUAGCCUGAAUAACCUUACGGAAGCAGUGCAGCAAUUACUAGAUCUCAAUGCAGCCACUCCGAACUGCGUUGCGUCCUACCGGCAGUUUUUGUCCGAUGUGCCAGACGAGGACGAGGGUGGACUGGUGACACCCAAACCCGCAGAUCCGAUGAAGAACGCACUGGCAGUAGCUCUCAUCGACCAUGCGUUGGCGAUCAAGCAUGCCCUGGCGCUGUACCACCGUCCGGCCCACCAAGCCACGCAAGCGGAGUUGAUGCGUCGGUUCGAGGAGGCAUUUGCGCCGGAAAUUGCCUCACUCCGUCCAGUCGAGCCUGAAACUCCUCCCAGAUCCCCACGCAAGUCAGCCAACUCGGUGGAAGGGCGCCAGAAGCCGUCUAGCUCGCGAGCCUUGAGCCCGGAGCAGGAGUUGAUUCGCUCCUCGCGCAAGACACAUGGUCGUAAGCACUCCGCGAAGCAAUCAGUCAGCCAUCGGAUUAGUGUCAUGAACCCUUUCAAGCGGACCAACCAUGCGGCAAGCAACUCGGUGACUACAGUACAGGAGGAGCCGAAGAAGCAACCAGGCCAUGAUGAUGCGGCCACGAUUCACAGUCGCACUACGAUCCAAUCGCGCGAUACUCAGACCAAGCGACGGAGCCUCUUUGGCGAAGUACUGCACAAGCACGGCUCAUCCCUGUCCAUCAGCAGCAAUGCUCCCGAAGAGACCCAGAGCCAGAAGGAACAACGGUCAAGAAGUGCUUCUCGGGACACUGUUGCCAUCUCACAAGAUUCCGUCAGCCGCACGACCUCUCGUACCAACGGAACUGUUGAAGGGCGUCCCUCGGUGAGCGGUCCGAAGACUGGGGGAUGGUCGACUAUUCCUUCCAUCAGUGACUACCCACGGCCCGUGACGCGGAGCAGCAUGGCAUCUGUGCGCAGUCCAGAGAUCACCAGCCCGACAGGACAUAGUAACGGGCACAGCAAUGGCCAUGGUCAUGGCCAUGGGAAGCGCGAUUCGAUGAUGAAGCGAUUCAGUCUGCUCAAGGGCGUCAGUCGAAAGGGCAGCCGUCAUGACUUCAAAACGGAAACUCCGCUGCGGGAGGAGUGA